AUGAAUGAGAAAUUAAUUGAAGUACUAGGGAAUGUGCAGCAGAGACCACCAAGACCUUGUCUUGACGUCUUCCCAAGCAAAACAGGAAAAUGUAAUACCAACGAAUGUCAAUCUACGUGUGAGAAGAAAAAGAAGCAAGGAGCCGGCAUUUGCUCUGAUGCUGGCCAAGGACGUAUGGACUGCUUAUGCUAUUAUCAUUGCCCAUGAUUUAUUUUAAUCUGUAUUAAAACUAAAAAAACGCGUUUAUAAUAAUAAAAAAAAUUAUAUGCUUAACCAAAAGAAUAAAAAUGUAUACGAAUU